AUGGAGACCCAUUAUGUCGUUUGGCUGACUGUGGCGGGGGUCUGCUGCCUCAUCUCAGGUAUUCUGCACCCACAUAAGCCAAUGAGUCUUCGCUUCUGUUGUCAUGCAGGCGCCGCUGAGUCGUUUGACCCUCUCGCGUUUUUCCAUGACCCGCUGAGCAACCGGUGUGCCAUUCAACAUGAUACCUACGUGUACAUUUCAUCCCUGACGUUGCCAAUGCAUGCAGCUUCUGUUCCAACACGCUGACGACAUACAGCGGCAUCGAGACGGCCGAGGGAUGCGCUGAACAGUGAGUGAGAGAUGCAUGACAGCAACAGCGCAUGUGUCUAUCGUGUAUGUCACGCUGAGUGUGUAUACAUGCAGGUGUCUCGCGAUUGCAGCAUGCACGUGUUUCGACUUCAAGUACCCUUACAGGUCGGUCGGUGGGACAUACAAAAAGAACGGCCUCUCUGAGGCUCUCUCCUUGUAUGUCUGUGUGUCUAUUUAGUUCCUUCACGUGUCGCAUCUCGCGAGAGAAUGUCACUGGGAUGAGCGGAGUGGGCUUUCAGGCAUACACACGCAGAGGUCACACCAACACUGCCUGUUCACACCAAUACUGGCUAUCGCACUUUGCAAUUGUCCAGAUCCGUUCCUCACAUUUGAGCGGCGCAUCAUCGAUGCCCGCAUCGGUGUUUACCGCGUUGAGUACGUCUUCAGCACUCAGGAAGAGUGUGCAAGAAGGUGCGCGUGGACACUGACAAAUCGACGUGUGCCAUUCGCUCUCUUUUUUGUGGGGUGCCUGGUGUGCGUGUAGAUGUGAGGGUUUGGCCGACUGCUAUGCCUUCUCUGUCAUUUUAGCUGUAAGGACUGUGGGCGUAUGUCUGUGUGUGUGUGCAUCGUGCACAGGCACUCACAUAGGGAUGUGUGUGCAGACGCUCACAAACCAGUGGACGUGCCAUCUGGGCAAACCAUUUGCAGUACGUGGCAUGCACAAUCUGUCUACACACACACACACGUCGAGAGCUGUGUGUUGUGUCCACUAGAUAUACUACAACAAAGUGCUGACGGAGCUCUGGCCGCAGUAUGUUUACAUCAGGAAAGGUACACACACACACAUAAGUGACAUACACUCUGGCCUGCACGUGUGUGUAUGUAUCUGCAUCAGGCCUCUCCCUCCUCGUGUCGAACUUCGUCAACCCCUACCUCUUCUCGCAAAAUGAGCAGUGUACAAACACAGCACUCGGGUGUACAUGUGGUGUGUUUGCUUCCUUUGGACUACGAAUGCGUGUGUGUGUGUGUGUUUGUGUGCGUGUGCGUUCGCAGGUGAGGCAGACACCUUCACUGUCUCCGACGCAUCGACGCCUCUGCUAUGUGCCGAGAGGUGUGAAUCCCACACAGCCCAUAGACACGGGAUGGGUGUGCGUGUCCACAGGUGUCUCUCAUCUGACGGCUGUUACUGCUUUGAUUUCUCCUACGCGACGCUCGAAUGCCGCACACACGAGACCAUGUACGAGGGGUCGAGAUGUGUAUCCGCUUCAUCGUGUACAUAUUGUGUAUGCACGGAUGUUUGUGUCCAGUGCUGGCAUGGUCAGAGGCGCCACACUGGCGGUGGAUGUCUCUUUGCAGGCGGACGCAUUUCUGCGCAUUGGUAGGCACUGAGUCGUGUGAUGGAUUAUAUUCAGGCGCAUGUGUUGUCAUGCAUGCACGCACGUGUGUUUGCAGACAACACGCCCCCCAAUGUAUCUCUCGCCCUUCUGGAGCCUUCAAGCACACAAAACACAAUCAUCGGUAUCUUCCGGCCCACCAGACCACAAAGUACACGCCGCGUGUGUGGCCUGGCCUGUCUCCGUAGGUCCGCUGUUCCAGCUGUCAGUCACCUUCUCUCAUCGCAUAACCGAUGGCGACCGCAUUUUCGAUGCCCUCCUGCUCGGCAACUGCAUUGUGCAGGACAUCUCUGGGGAGCACACGUAUUUCAGUGUCACGCUGAGGGCACUGUCUCUCGGCUAUGUGACCAUACGCAUACGGGAAGGUACGUCUGUGCCCUUGCGCGCAUGUGUGGAUGCAUCCAGAAGUGCGAUUGCUUUGCUGUGUGUGUGUGUAUGCAGGUGUGAUAUCGAGUGCUGUUGACGACUGCAAUGGCUGUGUUCGCAACAGAGAAUCCAACACAGUGGAUCUCUUCAAUGGUGUGUAUGUGCACGUCUCGAUGUGUGUCCUCCCCUCCCCCCCACUAUAUGUGUGUGUGUCCUAACGCGCUCAGCUCAGGAGUGUGUGGGUGACCUUUCUGUCAGCAAGUCGGCCACACACAGCGGACAGACGACUGCUACCCUCACACAAAACACGUACAUACAAACAAACACGCGCACACAUUUCUUAAGAUGCAAACACGCCCCCACACGCACAAGUAUUCAAUUCUCUCUCUCUGUGUGCAGCGACCUAAUCUUCCCUCUGUCAUAUUGCAACCCUUCUCGCGUGUCUGUCUCGUUCCUCGUGGACAAUCUGGCGGUACCAGCGACGAUUGUGUACCAGGUGCGCGUGUGUGCAAUGAUACAGACGCACACAGGAACACCACAUCUGCAGCAGUGUGUGUGUGUGGGUGUGUGCACACACAGGAUGCGCCAAUGAAAUCGGCUUCCUUUGUCACACACACAAGUGGAGAUGGAGACACAUCAGAAUGGCAGUGGUAAGGCGCGCACAUAGCCGUGCAUACCGAUCGGUCUGGUGGAUGUAUGUGUGAGUACGCAGGACGACCCCUGUGAGCGUGACGCUCGAUCCAGAGAGAGACCAACAGACGAUCGGCAUCAGGUAUAGGUGCACAGACAGAGAGACAUGUGGAUGCGUCCACGUGUGCACACUCACAGGUAUGAAGGGAGUGAAUCGCUGCGCGUCAAGGCCGUCAGGCUCUUCUCCAUGUUUGACCGCAUCCAAAGUAAUGAGACACACACCACACCUCCCUGACGCGCAGACACAUGCAGGGGCGCACACACAGGAUCGACCAAGCCGUGUGCUCAGCUGAGAUGGCCGUUCUCUCUUUACAACGCUCACGUGUGCUCACACACCGACCAAUGCGACACGUGCGUACCGAAGGGACAGACAGAGAACCAGGUAGAGAUGGAUGGAUGCACGUGUCAUGUGUGUGGGUGUGUGCAGGCCGCUGACCCACGCGGCCUCCCUGCAGAUGUGCACGCAGAUGGGCGCACGACUGUGCACUCAUGAGGGUAUGUAUAUACACGACACACACGCACACACAUCUGUCUGUCCGUGUACUUCCGAACGAAAACAGAGGUCAUUCGUGGCUCGGCCAUCCAGACGGCCGUCGCGUGCAGGCAAGCCCCCCCCAAUUCAAUCCUUCUACACGCAUAUAGAGACCCACACACGCCUUUUCCUUUUGCGCAUAUAGAUUGCCGACCGACGCAUUUGUGUGGACGGACGAGCAGUGUACAAAUGGCGGCCAUCUGCGUGUACAGUGGACCGGUACGGAAGACAGACACAGAAGUGAAUUGUGUGUGUGUGUGUGUGUGUGCGUGUGUCCAUCGGUCAGGUGUGCAGAUGGAGUGUGCAUCGGCGGAGAGCGACACGGCCCACCACAUGUGCUGCGCCGACGGCACACCCCACAUCAGUCAGUGCACAACACACACACAGACAUACACACAACCAUUUGUGACCUCCAUCUUUCGUGUAUGUGUCUCAUUCGCGUCAGCGUCUCUUCGCUCAUGUGCAGAGCUAGAGCAGCGGGCGGAUGAUGCCGAUGCCAAUGCCAAUCGGACAGACACAAACAUGACGUGUACGUGUGCAUCGACCGACAUUGGGCGGAGAGAGACACAGAGACCCACACCCCUUUGUGUGUGCAGAUACUUACGAGGAGGGUGUGUCUGUCUGCCAGCAGAUGGGGGCGAGGCUGUGCUCAUUCGACGAGCUGCAGUUCAAGUACCCCCGCCACACAGAUACAUGGCUGUGGUGCAGAUGUACGUGUGUGCACGCUGCCUCAGCAUGACGACCAACGGUGGAUUCAUGAGCACCUGCUUUGUCAACACGAGGUGCGUUUGCAUGGCAGAUACACACACAUGGAAUGGCCCCCCUUAUGUGUGUAGCUCUCUCUGCUUGUGUGGGUGCAGCACGCAGGCUGACAAGUGGACGCUCACCCAGUGCAACAAAACUCACGUGUACACAUUUCCGGAGAGGGAAUGUGCGCCAAUGGACAUGAGCAACAGCACGGUAAGCUCCCGUCCGCAUGCAGGAAGGAAUGCACAUUUACCAUGGAUGUCUGUAAUGAAUGGGUUUGUUACCCAUUCAGGCUUACGGCGUCUCCUGCUGCGCUGAUUCGGCCGUGCCCCAUCGUACGUACGAUGGACGCACAUACACAUACACAAAUGCGCAUCCAUGCACUGAGAGAUGGAUGUGUCCGUUUGUCCGUGUGUGUGCAGCCGAGUGGCUUCUGCUCGCGCAUCAGAUCGCACCCUCAAUGUGGCCAACUGAAUACGUACUUGGGCAGGCAAUGGCGCGUUUGCAUGAGUGAAGCCACACACCCACGUGUUUUGUUUGUGGGUGGGUGUGCGCAGAUAGACAUCGACACGUGCUGCCCUCGGGUGUUCUCGCAGAUGGACAGUGUCGAUUGGGAACACUUCAGAGACGAGCAGACAGGAGUGUACACAUUCCUGAUGGAAUGGCCCAAUACAGUACGCACACAACCACACACAUACACACACAGAGACACAUACACACACUCACACGUGUCAUUCAUGUGUAAUCAGGAGUUCGAUUCCCUCACGUGGCGGCAGUCCUCACCCCCCUUUGCGCAAGACGCGCAAAGUGUCCAGCACGACAGCAGCACCGAGUAUGUGUUCGGUGGUUUGCAGGUACACACACACAUACACAUGUAUUCUCCCGUAAACGAGUGAUGCAUGCAUCUGUCGUCCAUGCAGAUGGGCGACAACCGAUCGCUCGUGGUGGGCUCUGCAGACGAGAGAGCAUACGUGGUUGGACAUUCUGAGCUGACAGGUAGAUACACUUAUCUAUCCCACAGACACAUCCAUCCAUCCAUGGGUGUGGUGUGUGCAGCGAUCCCCGGCCCGUUGUUGAAGGCCACGGGCGAAGUGGCGUACGUCAACGAAGUCAAGCUGUGGAUCAGAGGUGUGUAUGAUAUGUGUCCAUCCAUCCAUCCACCUCCGCCACACACACUUCUUUGUCUGUCUGUCUGUCUGUCUGUCUCAGCCCCAUCAGCACGUUUCUCUUGGUGGAAUGGUGGGUGCGCGCAUCACAGACACACGCAGAGGCGCACAUACCAACCAACAUGUGUCUAUGCUUGUAUUGAUGCAGACACCACCACCCCAGUGCCCUCGAUCGCCCCCGUUGGCCAGUCCAUCACCGACGAGUACCCCAUACGCAUCAACGUCACUUUCAACGAAGCCGUUUAUGUGCGUGAGAAUGCAAGUGAACCAGCUGCCAGCUGCCCACGAACACACAAGUGCUGUUUGUGCACGGUGCGCAGGAUUUCACUGAAUCGUCUGUGGCUUUGGAGAAUGGCAGCAUCCUCUCCAUCGAGCCAUUCGCCGACUCACGGAGGCGAUAUGCCAUCGAGAUCCAUGUAACUGACGUACUUACACAGAGAGGCGCGCACCUUCGAUCUGUGUCUGUUCGUGUGUCUGCCUGACAGCCACUGGCAUACACAAGAGUGUCGCUACACAUACGAGAGGGCACAGUGAUGGAUACGAACGGCCUGCCCAACCGUGCGUCGAACACCGAAGGCUUCCUCUUCGGUAUUCAGAAAUAUCCAUUCGCCCGCAUAGUCCGUCGCACCUGUGUGUGCGGUUUGCACUGCACUGCACGGACAGUGCCCGAGUGUGGGGAUGUCCACGAGUGGGUCGAUGCUACGACCGGCCACACGUGCGAAUGGUACGGUACGCACAAGCGCAGAAUGGAUGGAAGCGUCUAUACGUCCAUCCAUCCAACCACAGGUCUGUCAUGCAGGUUUGCAGCCGAUCCCUCUCGGUGCUAUGAAUGCCCCCAUGCGAGAGAGGCUUUGAUCAACUGCCAGGAGAGCUGUGGGCUCUGCCGAUUGGACAGACCUGGUCUGUUUGUGUUUGCGCAUGCUUGGAAGUGCGCACGUCCACGGGCAUGGCGUCCAUCUCUGUGUGUGUGUGUGUGUGUGUGUCUCAGUGCUGUGCCAUCCAUACAUGGUUGGAGAUGGCGUGUGUGACGACGUGUGUCUGUUCAAGUCCUUUUCCUUCGAUGGCGACGACUGCUGCGAUGAAAUGUGGGCGGGGUGGGGCGGGCACACACAAUAUAUUACACACAGAGAUAUGUGUGUAUGUAUGUGGCAACCCACACACACAUUUGUGUCAGGCCUUCCUUCGAUUCGUGUCAUGCGUGCACCAACUUCUGGACCAAGUAAGCCAAUACUCACAAAGGCAUCCAUCCACACACAUACACUCAUAGACAGAGACAGAGAGACAUAGAUACGCACACACACAAGUGUCUCUUCUGCAGCUAUUCCGCCUGCCCCCCUCCCUCACCCACACCCACACCCACCUCUACCCCACCCCAAUGUCGCUCCCCUUCUCCCUGCCCCUAUCUGUGGACCCACGGCUUCUCCCUCCCACGGCUGGACGGGAUCUACGCACUCACAGACACGCGUGUGUACACCAAAGGCCAAUACGAGAUCGUCUACGAGGAAGGACAAGGCAAGUGGUGUGUCCGAGACAAGGAGAGUGGGGGCGGUGGAGGACUGUGUCUAGUGGAGCAGAUCGGUGGUGAGAAUGGGCCGCAUGCGAGUGUAGGUUGGAGGAAUGACGCGCAGCAGUGGACGGAAUACGUGAGCAUCGCUUGUCGAAAUGAAGGUACCAACCAACACACGCACCACACACAGACACCAUCAUGUGCUGGGGGCUCUGUGCCUCUCUCUUUCUCUUUCCUUUCCUGCAGACGGCUUCCCCCCCGUGCUGACUGUCGAGCUCACCUCUCUCACCCUCCCCCCAUCCACGCGGAUCCGCACGGACCGACCCGUCAUGGCUGUCUCCUGCCUCUCCAUGCCUCCCUCCGCCCUUCCAUCCACCUCUCCCUCCACCAUCACGCAGCAAGGCGCUUCUGUUGCUCUCUCUGAUGCUGAGAGCGUGGAGAUCGGUGUCCCAUUUUAUGGUGGCGAGAGCAGCACAAGUGAGGAGAUCGGCGUCGUCUGCUAUGCGACAGAGCUGGGCGAGAGGUGGAGGGACCCCUUGGUGGUCUUCCGCCCAUCUAAUCGGUCAGAGCUGCCUACGGCCUUUCCGUGGCGAGACAACUUUGCGUGCACCAACACCGAUACCUCUGUGUGUGGGGCUGGGCCGAUCGAGAUAAAGAUGGACUGGCGAGAGAGGAUCGUUCUGCGACAGUCGGGGGCAGACACGUGCACUGAGGGUGCGGGUGGCCACCUUGUCUAUCCGCUGCCUUUUCCCUUCGCCCACCCCUCUUUGCUCGCCUUCGCCCGCUUCCAUGCUCUCAUCAUGUGUGUGGGCGGUGAGGAGAGUGAGGGUGUCCUGCGCCACGACGCCAACCUUUUCGUGCAGUGGGGGAAUGGCACGGUUUUCGACGUACUUGUCGACACGGUCGGCCCUCUGCACGUGCCCCCUUCUUCCCGCACUCGCUCUGUCUUCCAUGCGCACGCGUCUGUGCAUGGCAAUGAUGGUUUUACAACCGUGCGGUUUUUCGAUGGUGCACAGCAGCAAGUGCUGUUCACGGACAGGCCGGGGCCGGCAGGGGAGGAACGUGUCUCCUUUGCAGUAGAGUUUUCCUUCACGAGUGGAGGCGAGACAGAGGAGGGGCAGUAUGGUGGGUAUGGCGGGCUGGAGGGCGGGGGGACCUUCCCUUGUCGGCAGGGGUGGUCUGCUGACGUCACCAUCGAGACCACAGGUAGCCACACAAACACAACCUGGACACAGGGAACCUUUCUCGGCCAUGUCUCAUAUGUGUGUGUGUGUGUGUGUGUGUGUGCAGAGAUGGCUCCAUUUCUGGUGCUCUCACCAGAAGACACAUCAUGGCGCGACAAAUCCGGCAGACGACCCAUAUGCACACCCAGCUCCCCCGGUCCUAUCGCUUUCCUUACUCUCGUCGGCGCACAGGCCUUCUCCCGCCCCCCCGUGUGUGUGCAGGGAGAAACAUGCCUUGUCCGCCUGUCUGGGCAUGACCUCACUUCAGCUGACCGCAUCAAGGCCACCGAUCUGCGUGUGGCGGAGUCGUGUCUCGAUGAGACAUAUGGGUUUGAUUAUUUCGGAGGGCUGGUUGCCAACCCCGUGGCUCCAUCUGGCGUCUCUUUCUCGCAAGCGGAGUUUGUGCUGGAUGUCAAGGCCUUUGCGACACCCAGGGACUACACACUCUGCUACUGCUAUGCAGGCGAUCCUGAUGCUCCUGAUGGUGACUGCGGCAACUUCACGGCUUACAGAAAGAAGCUUGGGACGUUCUACGUGGUGAAACUGGCAGAGGAGAACCAUCACUUCACGUGCUCCGUUGGGCAGACCUGCCGGUUCGACGUCUCUGGGACCUUCUUCUCCGGCAGCCUUGACGCAGUGGCCGUGUCGCUGCCCUCACCUGAGCAGCCAGGGUGCUCGCCCUUCCCCUCCCUCUUUGCCAAGACCGUUCACGUGUCGUCUUCUGCCGUUCCUGAGCCACAAAACGGGGAGAUGAUCGACUCCCUCUCCUUCGAUCUGGGGGUACCUUCGCAACCGGGGCUGUUUGCCGUGUGCUUCUGCUUUGACAGCGGGGACAGCUGUCUGUUCGACCCUCCACGCGUUGUGGGAGAGCUGGAGAUAAGGGGUGUGCGGCUCUCUGUGGAUGCGAUUUGUCUUUCUGGGCGGCGUGAGGGGUGCUCUGUGGUGCUGACGGGGAUUGGUCUCGAAGAGAGCCACAGAGCGAUGCUCACAGAGGGAGAGGCUGAGUGCGGCUCCCCUCUAUCUGUCCCCCUGGCAACCGCGCGAGCCACCUCCCUCACAGCAGAUGCCGUCGGCCUCGAUUUCGGAGCCAUUGGCGUGGCAGAGGGAGAGGUGCGUGUGUGCUACUGCGCCUCCCGGACAGGCUGUUCCCUCUCUGCUGAGUACACGAUUGACGCGGGGAGGUUGCUGGUGCUGCGGGAGUGUCCUGUGGUGUCGGUGCAUGUGCUUAAUGAGGAGCAGUUCGGGACCUCCACACACACCCACACUGAUGGCGAUUUCGCUCGGCUAGAGGCUUUGUACUACCGUCAGAGCGAUAAGCUUCUUGCGACACAGGUAUCUUAAGACAUCCAUCCAUGCAUACAAAUCUUCAUUGCUGUCUCUCUCCACUGGAACGCAUGUGUGUGUGUCAGGAUGGCGCCAUGCGGGCUGUGCUGAACGAGACGAGCGGAAGAUGGCAAAUUGAUGACGGCACGACGAGUGUCUUCACCGCGUCAGCGGCCUUUCCCACUGCCGUGCCACCCUCCCUCGCGUAUGUGUCAGUGGACGGCAGCCAAGGGGUGUUUCUGCGAGUGGUGUGUCACGCGUAUGCCCUCACACGCCAAGAAGGACAACAGCAGACGGCACCAUUCAACUGCACUCGGUACACGCCUGCCUCACACACACACACCCACACACCAUAUUUGUGUGUCUGUAAUGGUAAUUUGUUGUGUGAGCAGGAGUGUGCCCUGCAGUGUGUCGUUCUGGCGGUAUGGCUAUGACGAGUAUCUGCAGAUGACACAGCAGAGCGAUCGACCGCCUGACGCACUGCAAGUCAUCCCUUCAGGUCAGUCAGUAUGAGAGACACCCAGAGAGAGACACGCACACACGCAUCCACACACGUACAGGUAAGUGUCUUGGUCUUGUAGGCUCUGUGUGUGGGCAGGGGGCCUCUGUGUCGUCACAUCUGCCGCUCAGCUACGUCAAUCAAGAGGGCAAGACAUGCGUCAAUUUUGAUCUAGGUCGGUGUCGUCGGUGGGGUGGGGAUGCGUUCACCUGUGUCUGUCUGUCUGUCUGUCUGUGUGCAGGGUCGCCCAGAACCCGGGGCGUCUUCCAGCUGUGUGCGUGCGUCAGCCGAGCUGAUGACCAGGACCAAUGUAACUAAUAGCUAACUCAUGCCCACACCCACCCAAAGAAAAAGGGUGUGUGUGGUGUGUGAUGGGCUCACACAUUCUUGCAGGCCAGAGCAGCAUGCCGACAGGCGCUCUGCGCAUUGUGGGCGUCGACGGUACAAAUACAACGAACGCAUCGCCCGCCAUUCUGUUCAUGCACACCAUAUAUAUGUGUCUGUGUCUGUGUGGGUAGAGAUGGCGGCGCAGGAGUGUGUGCGCGAUAGCUACAACUGCACUCUCACUGCGACUGGGGUGGAGCUCACUGCCAGUGACGCCGUUCGCGUCAUCGACACACUUGCAGGUGCCUGCCAGCGCAUCCAUCUGUAUGUGUGUGUGUAUGCACACGAAUGUGCCUCCCUCCCUCUGUGUCUGCACAAUCACAAUCGUGGGAGCAGGUUGUGGCGAUCCGGCAGCCCCUUCUGUGUCUGAAAUCGCCACCAACCCGGCAAGAGCCGACCCAUCAUCACUCACGCCGCCCCGCACACGAGUGGCGUUCAACCUGGGGGUGGCCACACGUGCGGGCGUCUUCCGCAUCUGCAUGUGUGCCGGCUAUUUGAGCUGCGAUCAGCCAGAACACUUCACACAGACGGUACACACACACACACACACACACACACUUGCAGGUGAUACGUCUGUGUGGGUGUGCGCACAGGUGGGGAGUCUGAUUGUGAGCGGGCCGGAGGACACUCACCGAUUCAGCGCCAUUAUCGGACAGGCGAGGCCAUGUAAACAUACACACAUGUCUCUCGCUCUGUGUGUGUGUGCGUGUGUGUGCAGGAGUUCACACUGACAAUCGGGGGCUGGGGCUUGCAGCCGUCCUCUGGUGUGGUCAUCGUCAACGCCUCCACCCCCUGCUCCGCCAUGCCCACACGCAACGACCCGGCAAUCGUCCAGACCCCCACACGAGCAAUCGGUCGGUGUGUGCACACAAGGCCGUACACACACAUACGUACGUCUUUGCGUGUGUGUGUACCAAUGUCUAGGUGGGGGCACGUUUCUGGCGUUUGAGGGCGUCAAGCUAGCGCAGCAGGGGGAAUUCCACGUCUGCUGGUGGGCAUGUAUACGAUCCACUCGGCUGAUUCAUGAAUCAAUGGCUGGGUCGAUUGGCUGGCUGCAGGUCUGUCAAUCCCUCUGGCGGCAAGCCUUAUCAAUCAGAGGUGUGUGGCUGA